AUGCUUCUUGCCGCACCGGUAACCAAGCUCCCGGCUGCUUUAUGGCCCGUUGAUUCUCAGCUUAGUUGCUAAUUUGAGAAACUUGUUUGAGAGUCACACACACUGUUGUAAUUGAUGCCAUCGAUGUAGAUGCUGGAUAAGAAUAUGACGUACCAUGAAUGAUUUUAACCGGGCGAAUGGGCCCGGGGCGUCUCUUCCACGUCAGGUUGCGUUGUAUAUCAUCAUAUCACUCUUCAGGGAAUAUAUCAUCUCUAAUUACUGCUCUCGGAAGAAGUACGCGGCAAAGUCCUGCGCAGCUCUACGAUCGCGACCAGCAGCCGUCAAGAAAAGGUAGGGCAUGUCCAUAAGGUUUUAUCUGUCUUUGUCUUGAGAACAACUAGGCGAGGUCUUACAGAGGAAGGUUUGAAAACAUUGACGCAAUGAAUGUAUUAGAUAUAUAUUAUAAAUAUAAAACUUUGCAUUUUUUCAUCGCUCGAAAGUGAACAAAAUUAGCUCUAACGCAAUAGCAGGAAGCACCAGCUUGCUGAUUGUCACCGAGGAGAAGAAGGAAGACGAUUCCAGCCACGCACUUCCUUCCACAUCAUUAUCGAGAGAAAAAGGUGAAGAUCCUGCAACCUUACCUCCUGUCAACGUAAAAGUAGAUGAAGAUGAUGACGAUAUACCGACGAAGACCACAACGAAGGCCAUUACAUCCGGUCU